AUGAGCUAUUCCACUCCCUCAUUCCCCGGGGCCUGGAUGUCAGCGCAUUCCAAUGAAGCUGGUCCUUCCAAUCACCAACCUAAAAGACCUUCGCCUGAUCCACAAUAUGCUUCACGAUCUGGCUCGGUGACCGGCUCUAGUCGAAGAAGCUCUCCACGAAAAGUAGCUGCUCGAGGUGAAGGCGUUGUAACUCCUCCAGACGCCAUGGAGCAAUUUUUCGAUGCUGAAUCGGACGAUGGAGCUAUCAGAGCGUAUGGUGCAGGUGGACUGGCUGGCUCAGCCCCGAAUGAUCCUGGGUACUUGGCUGCGAGUCACUCACCCAAUAUCUUUUCCACCCCCAACCAGUCUUUCAACGCAUCACCGGCUUCGUCUCUGUCACGGACCAGCCCGAUCAAGGUAGCUGGCACGAUAACGAGGCAUAGUCCAUCCAAAUUGGGAAAACCGUCACCAGCUAGCGAUUCUUCAGCUUACCUACCGGUGUUCUCCAACGAGACCAGCUUUACCUCUCAAAGUCAGACCCGUCCUUCCCCGUCCAACUCCUCCUCCCCGCGAGUGCAUGGCACGUUCUCAUCCGCUGUCCACAACCCUGGACUACACCAUUCACCGCCUACUUCUCUCCAGACUAUACCUCAAAAGUCACCUCUUCUGCCACACGAGUUCAACGUGUACGCCACGGAUAAUUCAUCGGAUACUCAUGGAACGGCAGAAACUCCCCUACGUGAACACUUUCAACCUUACGGAUCGAUGAGCUCCCCGCCGAAUCGCGAGCGACUGGGAAGCUCUACAUCGUCUAUCAACUCCACCCUCAGGGGCAAUCGAGCGCCUGCACCGGCUGCUCUGGAUCUCAGUCCUAAGCGGAGGGGAGAGGCUGCACGGGCGGUGUCAGGUAAUGUGGAUAGGGAGAAAUACGGAGCUAUUCAAGGUCUCAUGCCGCCUGGAGAUUUUGGAGAUUAUGCCGGUCGGCGCAAUGUAUCAGAUUCAUCGGCGUGGUCAAGGGUUUCCUCCCGGGAUUCUCGGCCCCUACCUCAGCCGCCGCACUCGUCCUCUGACAUGAAUCUCGCUGGCACGAUGCGACAGCAUCCUACGAUGUCUGGUCCACCUGGCGCCUACGCUCAGUACCAAGAUUCCAAACACUCCCGUUGGGCAUCUGCGUCUCCUUCCAGCUCGAUCAAUGUUCCGUUAUCAGCUGUCGGAGGACAUGCUCGAGUCACCAAUGCGACACUGGCAACGGAUCGCCUCAGUGUCAGGCGUGACGCCUCGCGAGCAGCGAUUGACUCAUCCCAUCUUUCACCUUCUGCUCCCUCUUCCGACACCACUUCUCCCACUCUCGCGGCGCAAUCCACUUACUCCCCGAUCAGCCCUUACAUUGACCCUGCGGAUAUCGACAGGCGGAAUCUCGUUGGCGUUGGAGAGCUGUCUACUCCGCGCUGGGGUACGUUGUCCAACAUCUCGGCAGAAGGAACGCCUGGGGUGACGCCUUCCUACGGUCAAUCGCCGCCUAUGCCUCGAAUCACACCAAACACGUCCAUGUCUGCCCGAGGUUGGGCACGCGGUCAAACAGGUCUAGGACUUGGUGUCGGUUUCGGCCUCGCUACAUCCCUAGGCAAUGCGAUGGACAAUGUCAAGGAAGAAAGCCCUCCACGAGAGAACCGACCGCGACAUCAUUCCGUGUCGACGGUAACUCCUCCUCGACCUACCCCUUCCAUCACCACACUGCCUCCGCCCGUUCAUUCCACGAAUGGCGAGUAUCCAGGCUUCGCAGAUUUCGACUUUGAUUCGAGCAUGACGGCUGCAUUGGCAGCUUCGCUUGGAGUCUCUGAAGAGCAAAUCCCAGCUCCACGUGUCAGAGAACACCGGAUAUCGGCUCCACCCCCGCCUACCGCCGCUGCGCCUCCACCACCCGAAUGGCGAUCUCAGCCUAUACAGCAGGCUCCGUUUGCCCCACCACCCCGAGUUUCGCCGGGUAGUGCUAGAUCCAGGAUCUACGCUCGCAGAGCGUCUAGACAGGCGUCCGCGGAGAAGACGCAUCAGUUGAGCGAUGUAAACCCACCGUCAUCACCUAUUUACGCGGCAUUCACCUCGGCUCCAUCAUCGGCGGCGCCAAGGGAAGAUGCGCUGAUGUCCGAAUUUGGCAAUGUCCCUCGUCAACAAUCCAGAUUCAUUGAAGAAUCGCACGAUGCUCCACGCAACUUUUCAAGAAGGACCCCGCCCAGCUCUGCAGAUUCUUCCAUCGCUUUGCCUCCUGGCGCACUGCGAGCGAGGAAAUCCAGCUCAACGAGACCAGAUGGAACACCAAAGACUCGUCAAAGUCCCAGCUCGGGUUCCCAUCAUGAUAUCCUCAAGCAUUUUGCACCCAAAGACUUUUCACAUCUCCCUCCUAGUCCUUCAAGCGCAUCUAUCAAUCAGUUCUUGCGGAAUUCAGGGUCAAUCCACAACUUUUCGUCGGGCGGAUUACCUUCUACCGGAGCGUUUGGACUGCCGAGCAGUACGAGCAAAGUUUCGCUACAGCGAUCAGACUCAGGCCGAGUUCGUGGGGGUCGGACAGCAUAUGAGGUACAGGACGCCUCGCCCGACACGGAUGAAGCAUUACGAAAGCUUGAUGGGCUUGGUCUCACGCCAAUCAAGAGCAAGACGCCAAGAGGGAAACACUCACUGGCUGGGAGUUCUCAGACUACUCCGACUCGUUCAGAGACACCUCCGCUUACCGUGGGCAAGGCCAACACACCGGCGACGGAGAAGAGGUUGCCUCUCAAGCCUAGCAGUGCGAGCUUGCGAGCGGAGGCUGGGGAUUCACCUACUCAGACUUGGGUGGAUGUCGCGAUGGAAGAGGCAAUGGAUAGUCCUGGUCCUGGGGACUCUAAUCUACCAAACGCUGUUACGCCCUCCAUCGGCGCAGCUGACACACCUGGACCGAUGCCACUAUCCACUACUCCGCCUACGUCUGCCCCUGCUGGACGAGCUGACAAAAUCGGCAGAAGGAUGAGCAACAGUAGUGAAGCUUCAGCACAUAGCGAAUUGUCGCAUUCAGACUCUGUCGAAAAGUCGGUACCACCUGUCCCCCCUCUUCCCAAGAGCUUCAUGUCUUUGCGCCAAGGCAUGAAUGUGGCGGGUACGAUGGGUCCAACGAUGGCAGAUCAGAGUCCAGAUCCCAACAUCUCGAUCGACGUACACUCGCCCAAAUCAGUCGCGUCUGAGGCCUCGAUCAUCAGUGGACCUGGUCAGUCAAGCGUCGAUGAGCACGGGCAAUUGACGGGUACCACAUCGACCGGCACGAGUCGUCGACCUCGAAUGAGCAAAAAGUGGUCCUUUUCUUCUGCUCUCAAUCUUGCUCGGCACGUCAAGGAGGCCGCGGCGCCAUUGACAUCUCCGUCCAUGUUGGAUAUGAGUAUCGCCGAGAAGAAUCUUGAUAACCGAGGCUCUCAGACUCCAUGGACCGAGAUUGAACACGGGGAGAUUUCGCAGCCUGCACUUCAAUCCCCACCUCUCGGUGGGAUUGAGUCGAGGUCCAACCCCAGUAUCACACCGGGAGCUCCUAAUCAACUACCUCGUACCGGUAGCAAGCGCCUCACCCCAUCUGCCAUCCCGUUCUUCCGCCGAACAUCUUCCUCGUCCAUAGUCAGCAAAUUGUCUCAGCCGAAACCUGAGGAUGGGCUCGGUGCUCCGGCUCCAGCACCCAACCGCAGACCUUCAGGUCUCUCCGAACGGCAUCCGUCGAGCACAGAAUCUUCCGUCAUUCCGGAACAGGACGACUCUGUCCCUUCUACAUCUGCUCAGCCCAAAAAGUCGGUACUCAAUAUGCUGCGUGGUAGUGUGACCAAGCGCCAUGUUUCCAACAAGGAGACAUCGACGUCCUCCUCUGUCACAGUUGUAGACAACGAGCCGAAAGAAGCCAAGUCAUCCAGUACUGGAUGGUCGGGUCGAAAACGCGGCAAGACUCUGUCCAUCUCCAACGAUGCACUCAUUAGAUCGUCGUCUGGAAUUCCAACGACAUCUCAGCAGAGCACGAUCCAUAUUAUCCACCCCAAGGUAUCUAUCGAGAGCUCUCUCUCGUCUCGAUCGGUACAAUCAAACAAGUCUGGAUCCACCGUCAAUGGUGGGGCGGCCGUCAAGGGUCCUCCGACCACACUACCUGCCAUCGUUGGAUCCCCGCCGAUAAAACAAGCUUCCUCUAGCAACUCGCUCAAGCUGUCAGAGACAGUUCGGGAUCUACCCUCCAUCACCCCGACAAAGAUCCCUCGGAUCUCCAACCGACCGAGUGGAGGGUCGCCUUCCAUGGUCCAUCAAGGCAUGCCUCCGCCCGCCAUGGCAUCUAGCAAAAGUGCUGGUCAAUUCGGGUCGCUUGGAAAGAAGGUUUCAGCGACUGCCGCGGAACCACUUCGACCUUCCUUCUCUGAAUUCGGAACACUGGCAAAUUCUCAAGGCCAUCGACAUAACGCUUCGAAUUCUCACCGAGCACAUCUCUUGGCUCCCAUGUCUGCGAGGACAGAGGCCAAACGCCACGAGAAGCACCGGCUUGAACCUGUCCGCGUGUCAUCCGGCCAGCAGGUCCCUGCGUCUCGUCGUGGCCUGCCUGCACCUCCUCCCACUGCUUCUUCAAAUCUCACUGCUCAGACUCAGUCGUCUCUGGCCAAACGCGCAUCGCGAGAGAGCAUCCCCACUUCUCGACCAAACAUGACGCGUAGGGGAUCCAAGGGAACGAGCAGUGGUGGUCAGACGCCGUCAGAACAGUCAUCACCCAUCAAACCAUCGAAAUUGGCUCAUUCAAAACUCGUCGUUCCCACUGCCACUGCCACGGCCAAACUGCCCAGUUCAUCGUCUGUUGGUGGAGCUUUAGCCUUCCGGAAGUCUGGACCGUUGAUGCCUUCACCAACCUCCAGCCCGGCAGAGGAUGAAGAGGGUCUCGCGGAUGCUGAGAUGCACGCAUAUGUCCAACGUCGAAAGGCCAGAAAGGCGGCUGGCAAGAAGGAGGAUUUAUCGGAUAUCGUCGCGUUCCCACAGGACAUUGUACCGAAGCCGCCGCUGACCCAGCGAGCAUUCGUAUCUAAACGCCUGGGGUCCAUGUCGGAUUACGAGCGGCGAGAAGUGCUCGACUUUGACAAUAUUUACUACUCUCCGCCUUCCAGGAUUGCUCGGCCCGCUCAAACCGGGGGUGCGACCUUCAAUCAUGGAUAUGAUGAUGAGCGAGGGGACUACCUCAUCGUUGCUGGAGAUCACCUGUGUUAUCGAUAUGAAGUUGGCAGUGUGCUCGGAAAAGGAUCGUUUGGUCAAGUGGUUCAAUGCCGAGAUCAUCAAACUGGACAAUCCGUCGCGGUCAAGAUAAUCCGAAACAAGAAACGGUUCCACGCACAGGCCCUGGUGGAAGUCAAAAUCUUGCAACAGUUGGUCGAAUGGGAUCCAGAUGACAAGCACAACGUCGUCAGAAUGACGGAUCAUUUCUACUUUCGCGGUCAUCUCUGUAUCGUCACGGAACUACUGAGUAUCAACCUAUACGAAUUGAUCAAAGCGAAUCAUUUUGACGGUUUCUCGACAACCUUGAUCAGACGAUUUACGACCCAAAUGCUGGCGAGUUUGCAAUUGAUGAGAUCGCAUCGCAUUGUUCAUUGUGAUUUGAAGCCAGAGAACAUUCUUCUGUGCCAUCCCAUCAAGAGCGCCAUCAAAGUCAUUGAUUUUGGAUCUAGCUGUCUAGAGACUGAAAAGGUGUACACAUACAUUCAAAGUCGAUUCUAUCGCAGUCCUGAAGUCAUUCUCGGGAUGAGUUACGCCAUGGCGAUUGACAUGUGGAGUUUGGGCUGUAUUCUUGCCGAGCUUUACACUGGUGUACCGAUCUUCCCCGGUGAAAAUGAACAUGAACAAUUAGCUUGUAUCAUGGAAGUGCUGGGUGUGCCUGAUAGAGACAUUGUGAAUCGAUCCAGCAGGAGGAAAUUAUUCUUUGACACCGCUGGCGCCCCUCGACCUUUCGACAAUGGGAAAGGCAAACGCCGACGACCCAAUACCAAAACCCUUGCUCAAGCAUUGAAGUGCAACGACGAGCUUUUCGUGGAUUUCCUUGCGAAAUGCUUGACUUGGGAUCCAGACAGACGACUCAAACCUCAGCCUGCUAUGCGACAUCCCUGGAUUUUGGCAGGACGAAGACGACAUGCGCCGCCUGCGCCGGCUGCGACUCGGAGCUCGUCCAAGGGAUCAGAUCUCCUGGCGAAUGGAUCGUCGUCCAUGACGUUUUCCGGCUCGAAUUGGAGUCUCAGUACGAAAGAUAAGAAGGACAAGGAAAGCAAGAAUGGUUCUUCUGGAUUAUUGAUCUCUCCUCCCACGCCUUUGAUGGCGAGGCAGAGUGGUACUGGAUCCUCCAAGAUGAGUGGAUUGGCGAGUUCGACGAGGAUGAGUUCGGGGCAUGUCAGGAAUGGCAGUGUGAACAUGGUACGUGAUAGAUAG